GAAGAACUCAAGUUUAAACACAACCUUCUUCUCCUCUAAUUGUUUCUAAAUUUGUACAUUUCUCUACUUAUUGAAAUGGAACCAAUCUGUAAACUACUCGUUUAUGUUACGUUGUUAUUACUUCCGGUGUCGAUAUUAUCUUUGCCGGAGUGUAACUUUCCGGCAGUAUUUAACUUCGGUGAUUCUAACUCCGAUACCGGUGCUUUAGUGGCCAUGUUUGGACAAGCGGCUGCUCGGCCACCUAACGGCGAAACUUUCUUCGGUUCUCCUGCGGGCCGCGUCUGCGACGGCCGUCUUCUGAUCGAUUUUAUAGCUGAAGGUUUAAAAGUACCUUACCUUAGUCCAUUUCUGGAUUCAAUGGGUACAAAUUUUAGCCAUGGAGCCAAUUUUGCAACUAUCGGAUCCACAAUACGACGUCAAAACACUACCAUUUUCCAAAGCGGUUUUAGCCCAAUUUCCUUGGAUAUUCAGUAUGCCCAGUUCUCCAAUUUCUUUAAAAGAGCCCAAAUAAUCCGUCAAAAAGGAGGCGUCUUUAAGGACCUGUUCCCAGAAGAGUACAAGUUUUCAAGUGCGUUGUACACAUUUGAUAUAGGCCAAAACGAUCUUACGGCGGGGUAUGACCUCAAUAUGUCUACUGAACAAGUUAAAGCUUAUGUUCCUAAUGUUAUAUCAGAGUUUACAACUACUAUUAAGAACGUGUACGAUCUUGGUGGUAGAGCAUUUUGGAUACACAACACAGGGCCGGUUGGUUGCUUGCCUUAUAUCAUGGAUACUCAGGUGAUCACGGCGGCACAGGUGGAUAAACAUGGUUGUGCCGCCCCAUUUAACGAUGUUUCAAAGUAUUUUAACCGGAAACUCAAGGAAGCCAUAGUCCAACUCCGAAAGGAUCUUCAUUUGGCUGCAAUCACCUAUGUAGAUAUCUAUUCAGUCAAAUAUUCACUCAUAGCCCAAUCCAAAAAGCUCGGAUUUGGUAACCCGUUUCUAGUGUGUUGUGGUCACGGUGGAAAGUACAACUUCAACAAUGCAAUGAGGUGCGGGAGCACGAAAAUUGUGAACGGUACGGAAAUCAUGAUUGCGAAGUCUUGUGAAGACCCGUCAUCACGGAUCAUUUGGGACGGGAUUCACUUUACUGAGGUGGCUAACAGAUGGAUUUAUAGUCAGAUUGCUGACGGGGCAUACUCUGAUCCACCUGUUCCAUUAAAUAUGGCUUGCCAUAGAAAGGAUGAUUUACGUCGAUUUUAUUUGUGAGUCCAUUGAUUAAGCCACAAAACUAAAAACUCUGGAACCAAAUAAGCUAACAAUAUCGGGCAGUAUGGUUUCGUUUUGGUGUAUGUUUGCAGUUUCGGUUAAGUUCGGUUCGGUUCUAAUAAUUUCAAUUGUGGUUUCAUGUGAAAUCUAGAGUGUAUCAACAUUGUGUUAGUAUGCUAAGGCUGGGAAGAACCAGUUCAUGAUUUAUACCAAAAUAUAUCUUAUACAUCAUUAAA